AUGGUGAAGAAAUAGACCCCACAAAGGGAAUAAACAGGCUGUGAUAGAGCUGUGAAGGAUACAUUUCACCAUAAUAUUAUCAUCAUUUCUCCACAAACAAAGCUACCCAAGGUUUUAGUAGUAACCAACACGCACGCAAACACCAAAACCCACAAACAAAACACAGAGAAAUUGUUAUCAUCAUUAUUUGUCCACAGAAGAGACAACAAUAUACAUCAUGAGCAGAAACUUCUUCCCCAAUAGAAGCGGAAAUGCCCUCCCUGUAUCCACCACCAACGAUGAUGCAGCCGCAGCAGGAGUAGCAGGAGGCAUUCGCAGACGUCUAUCAAGUUCUUCCCUCAACAACAUCCCCGCAGCAGCAGCUAAUUGGUCAUUUCCCAGAUCCAAGUCCCUCUCUUUCUCCUCCUCCUCCGUAGGUGAUUCUAUCAGAAGUUGGUGGCUCUGGAUUUUCGCCUGGAUCCUCUCCAGGAAACCUAUCUUUGCAACAGAUCUUGAAAUGAACGAGCAGGAAACAAAGCACCUUGCAUCCGGCGACAGAGGAAGUUGGAAACAUGUUUUCUACCGGAUGCGUUCUGAGAUCAAAAGAAUCACCAAUUCUGAUGACUCGUACCUUCCUCAAACCUACACGCCAAAUCCACAAACAAUGAUAUGAUAAUAUUCAUCACGGCGAGGCGAGUGUUAAUUAUUUUUGUGAAUGCAUCUUCAAAUAAUUCCAUGCAUCCAUUCUUCAAAAUACUUUUGCAAUAGACUUCCUCCAGAAAAUUACUUCUGCAAUAGACUUCCUCCAGAAAAUUACUUCUGCAAUUCCUUCUUUAUUUUUUUAUGUAUAAUUAAUAUUCUUGCUUGUGUAAUUCUGUAAUAUUCAUUGUUGCCUUGUCCGUCGUAAACGUGACAAAAAAAAGGUUGUACGUAAUCACUAGUUAUUUUACAUAUUAUUCUUGUUA